AUGUCGGCAUUAUCGUYACCAGAAAAAGAAGAUCGGUACUACUCGACACGGGGAUCAGGAGCAGGAUUCGACGACAGCAGCAGCAGCAAGAAGGUGUUGAAUGUGGAUACAAAGAAAGAGAGCAAAAGGGCAGUUUGGCCUAAACUGUUCACCACAUUAUCAAGCAAAGAGAAAGAAGAAGACUUCAUGGCUAUGAAAGGGUGUAAACUGCCUCAAAGGCCAAAGAAAAGGGCCAAGAUGAUUCAAAGAACCUUACUUUUGGUUAGUCCAGGAGCAUGGCUAUCUGAUCUAUGCCAAGAAAGAUAUGAAGUUAGAGAGAAGAAGACUUCCAAGAAGAGACCCAGGGGAUUGAAGGCAAUGGGAAGCAUGGAAAGUGAUUCUGAAUGAGAUUUGGAGGGAAAAAGAAUACUGAAUUUGGGUAGGUUUUUGUUAGAAAUUGAAAAGAGAAAUCUAUCUUUUUUUCCCAAUUGUUAUUUGUUGGCUCUUCCCAAUAUAUUUUAAUCAUAUAUGUACUUUUAAUCGCUAGCUGUUAAUACUUCGAAUUGUGUUC